UUGAUUCUGAAGAACUUCUACCAGGACGUAAACAGAGUUUCAAAUCGCCUUCCUUCAAAGAACUGAAAAACAAACUCAUCGUAAAAAAUGGGGAUAUGUUGGUUGGGCAGUACUUGGCAAACUUUUUAUAUCCUAGGGAUCAAAUUAUUUUUGCAAGCCACUUGACCCAAGGGUUGAAUGCACAAUUUACUGAGGGGAGAAAAGGUGCCUGUGAAAGUUCAAGUUUCUACUGUCGAUUCAGGCAGUAUCAAAGCUUAAAGUUUGGUUAUGGGUUGUCAGAAAAGAAACCAUGUUACAGAACAUGUCACAUUACCUUGUAUACUAUGGAAUUAUUUGAAGACUUCACUUGUUUGGAGGACACUACACAAGCUAUGUGUCUAGUAGCAACAGUUUUGCCUGUACAAUCAGCUUAUAAAAUGCCAGGUGAAAUCCCAUCAAUGACCACCUUCUCUACAAGACACACCAUGUCUUGCUAUUUUAGUCAUGUUGAUAACACUGCCAUCCCCUACUUAGGUUUUACUCCACAGGAUAUGGUGGGAAACUCUGCAUUUGAUUUCUAUCAUAUGGAUGACUUACCUCAGUUGAAGGAUAUCUAUGAAUUAGUUAUGAAAGAACAGGGCUGCCCAUUCCGAAGCAAGCCCUAUCGGUUCCUAGCAUCAAAUGGCUGUUAUAUCACAUUGGAAACAGAGUGGUCCUCUUAUGUUAAUCCUUGGACUAAGAAACUGGAAUUUGUUGUGGGGCAACAUCGUGUUUUAAAGGGUCCAGAAGAUCCAAAUGUGUUUAAUGAAAAGACUCAAGAGGAAAAUCCAAUAUCAGAAGAACUUCUUAAAGCAAGUCAGCAAAUACAAGAAGAGAUAAAACAGUUGUUAGCACAGCCAGUAAAAUCUGUUUUCAACAGCAUGUGUAAAACCCACAGUUGCAAGAGAAAACUAGCUGUAGCAUACCAAACACGUAACUUACUGGAUCAGAUAGGAAGAAAACCUCACAAUCCCCACGUACAGAUAUGUAGUCAACCAAACUAUCUCCGAGGACGUCUGGAAUGCCAGGACAUUACUACACCUCAUGCCGAUCAAGCUUCAGUAGUUAUGGGAGAAAUUUCACCUCAUCAAGAGACACACAAUUCUGAUCCUUCUGCUGCCACUCCUCCUGCUGUACAGAACAUGCAGUACCAGGAAAACAUUGAAAGGUUUUUUGCUAGUCAACCAAAGACAUACUCGUCUGAUGGGUCUGGGGAGAGUAAGAGUGAAGAACGACCGAACACAAGUACUGAUGAAGAAAUUGAGAAGUUCAGUGGAUUUUCUGAUGAGAAAGACAAGCAGUUUUCAUCUCACUCACCAAGGUCAGUUAGGUUCCAAGCUGGUGGAUUAUUUAGCUCAAAUUCCAAAAGAAAGAUAUUUUCUAAACGUGACUCUGGCAAUGGAUCAGUUCCAUCAAGGAAUGAAGAUCAGAUAAUAGACAACAUCAAUGGUAGCAGUAGUUGUGGAAGUGCCAAAGAUAGCAGUAGUUCUCCUACUUGGCAUUCUCUAACUGAGGAGGCUUUGUCUCAACACAAUCGUAUGACUCAGAAGUUCUUCAAAAAGAUUUCCAACGUUUCUAGUCCUGUUUGCAAAGGGAAGGAUGUUCUUCAUCACAAAAGAUCUCAAGUGAAAGAAUGCCCUGCUGGUUCACAUAAGUGUAAAUCAAAUCAUAACUAUACAUUAACAACUACACCAUGUCAGACAGAAGGAAGGGCUCAUCCAAUGCAAGCUUCAGGAAUGCCAUACAUUCCCUUUAAUUUGGCUCCUCCAUUUUCUCUCCCAAGUUUUCCUAUGAUAGUACCCUCAGCACCAAUUCUUACUUCAGCUAACUCUACUUCUGGUACGACUUCCUUCUCAAACCCACUAUUCAAUACCACAAUACCAAACCCUGGGUUCCAUUACUGCACAUUAAUUCCACAUAACAAUGCAAAUGGAGGACACUCUUCACCAUUCUUUAUACCAGGUGCUAUGUGUGUUGGAGCCUUUCCAUUCUACCCAUCAAUGUCCACAGUCAUUCCCGAGACAGGCCAUCCUUUGUGGUCUUGUGGAUCAAUGUCUAAUGUUUCUGUUAGCAACUGUGGCCAAUCUGCAGUUCCUAAUGUAGGAAGUUUUGGAUAUCAGAUGUUUAACCCAUCAAUUCCAGUCAGCAUGAAUACAGCAACUCCUGAAGUAGCUGUAACAACAGCUCCAGGAAACCUUCCUGUAUCUCAGAAAUUGCAGGUAUCAUCUUCAGAAGAUGGUGCAGAAAGAGAGGUAUUGAGUGUGAAGAAGCAUUUACCUCUAACACGAAGAGGAAAGUCAUCUUCAGGGGAGUCCGACUCCGAACGAGCUCGGUGUAAGAUGAGGAGAGUAGUCAAAUGCAACAUGGUUAACAAGGAUGAAAAAAAAACUGAAAGACUAUCAGAAAAAGACCUGCAAGAGGACACUGUCUCAUUUUCUAUUACAUAUUCCUUGCUGAAAUCUGAUGGUUGUUCUAGUAAAUCUCCAUCAGAUAAAGCUGAGGAAAUGGAAGUGGAAACAAAAGAAGAAUCAAAGACACCUUUUCAUCCAGUGCGUGGUGACCCACCUUGGAUGGAAGGGAUUGAUAAGGGCCCAGACUUGGUGUUUCGCUACCAGCUUCCUAUCAGAAAUGUAGAGGAUGUACUGAAAAAGGACUUGGAAAUCCUGCAAAAUAUGAAACAACCAGAAUUAGUCAACAAACAGUUAGCUCAGCUACAAUCAGAGCUUGAACAGGAAAAUCAAAUUGAAACAUGCUGUUAUUCUGAUGAAAAGACUAGCUCUAAACUAAAUCUUGAGUUUUCUAUUUUAGAAGAAGACCUAGAAAAGGACACAGAAAGUCAAUUGGAAGCAAUGCUUCAACUUUUGGCAGAGGAUAUGUAGGAAACAAACUACUCGUGCUUACAUUUUGACUCAACAGAAAACUAAAAAAUAUAACAGUAGAACCCCAGAAAUCAAAAGAGAAGAUAGGAUGCUUUCUAAGUGUGCAUUAGAGUAAUGUUUGAAAUGCUGAAAGUUUUUCAAACUAUACAGUGUGUGAACAUUAUGAUAUGAAAGCAUUGAAGGAUUUUUUUGUGUUUAUUUGAAACCAUACCUUGUAGUUUACUGAUACUGUGAAGUAGACUUUCUUGGAAACUAUUUCAAAUAAUGAAAGAAAAUGGGGUUGGCACACAUGGGAACAUGGCACAGAAAUUUUAUACAUUGGUUCAAUAUUUUACAUAUGUCAUGUGAUCAGCUAAAUAGUCUGCUAUCUGAACUUAUACUCUUUUCUUUUGUACAUGGGCAUUGUUAAUGUGUGAAAUUAAAUAGACCAUGUUUAAGGAAAAUUAAAACAAAAUACUUGUGUUUCCAAGCAAUUCCUAUUCACAUCUUGUGCAAGUAUAGUUCAAACAUGUUAUUUGAGUUAGUGUGAAGUUUUACUUUCAUUUUGUCAUGUAUAAAUUUAGCUUUCAGGGCUUAAGAAAGUACAGCUACAGUUGUAAGUAUGUUAAAGUGUAUUUUAAACAUAUUUCCUUUUUAAAUGAUAACAUGUACUUCCAUAUGUUAAACAUAGAUUACAUUUUUAAAGGUACUCUGUUAAAUAAAGCUUUAUUUAAGAAAUAUUAUAAACAAAUGUAAAAAUCUUGUACAUUUACAAAAUAUUUAAUGAUUCUAUAAAGUUAAUCAUAAUCUAAACAAUUUUUCUAUGAAUUUCUGGAUAUCUUUUACCAUGAAUAUGUACGUAGUGUAACAAGAAAAAUUUACACCACAUAGAUUUCUUACACUGCUUGAACAUAGUUUUAGUUUUUUAUUCCAGUCACUUUACUGCUACUGUAAGCAAACCUUUAGAUAAACACUUGAAGAAAAUGUGGUUACCAUUAUUUUGGACCCCUUGUCAACUACAUGCUUUUCAUAACAGACUUAAUAUUGAGUGGACAAAUGGGAAGAUGAUUGUUCUUGCAAAAAUUGAAAUCAUAUUUGAGCACUGAUCUUAUCAAACUUUAUUAUAACUUUGAUUUUCUGGCUUACAGAAUGGUUUGUGUCUUGUAUUCUGUUAUUCAUCUCUAAACCAGACACUUAAAAUUGGUAAGGUUAUUAGUAACUACACUGUAUCAUUAUGGUCUCAAGAAAAGAAAUCAUCACAUUAAAAAUGUAAUUUUCAGGUAACAUUUAACUUUACUUUUUCAAAUAAUUGCUUGAAUAAAGGUUAAGAUAUGGUAUUGUAUGCUGUUUAAAUAAAGGUUAAGAUAAUUUAUUAUAUGCUGUAGUGUUUAAAUAAUGGAUAAGAUACAGUAAUUUAUUCUGUAGUGUUCAUAUAAAGGUAAGUUACAAUAUUGUGUACUGUAAUAUUCAAAUAAAGGUUAUGAUACAAUAUUGUAUUCCA